ACCGCCGGCUCCGGAGCGGAGAGAGCAGCGCCCGCCGCCCGCGCUGCGGCUCGGUCGCGCCGGCCCCGCGGGCUCCCGCCGCCACCGCCGCUACCAUGCAGCCCCCAACCCUCGGCAUCCUACUGCUCAUCGCCUGCUUCGGCAGCGCCCGGGGAAACCUCUCCCGCGACGAGAGCCAGCCCACGACGUCGGACGAGACUGUGGUGGCCGGGGGCACGGUGGUGCUCAAGUGCCAGGUGGAGGACCCCGAUGACUCCUCGCUGCAGUGGUCCAACCCUGCCCAGCAGACCCUGUACUUCGGGGAAAAACGAGCCCUGCGGGAUAACAGGAUCCAGCUGGAGAGAUCCACCCCCAACGAGCUGACCAUCAGCAUCAGCGACGUGGUGCUGGCCGAUGAGGGCGAGUACACCUGCUCCAUCUUCACCAUGCCCGUGAGGACGGCCAAGGCCCUGGUCACUGUGCUGGGAAUCCCCCAGAAGCCCCAAAUCUUCGGCCACGAGCAGCCCAUCGAUGAGGAGAAGGUGGCCCGGCUCAUCUGCCGCUCGUCCGGCAGCAAACCCGCGGCAAAGCUGCGCUGGAGGAAGGGCAACAGGGAGAUCAAGGACUCGGGCACCGAGGUGGUGGAGGACCCCAACGGCAAGACCUUCACGGUGACCAGCAGGGUGGAGUUCCGUGUCACCAAGGAAGACAACGAGGUGGAGAUCACCUGCACCGUGGACCACGAAUCCCUGCAGAACUCGGAGAGGUCGACCACGCAGAGGCUGCAGGUCCACUACAAGCCGACAGCGAAGAUCGAGCCGCACCCGCAGUACCCGCGGGAGGGGGAGAAGCUGCAGCUGCAGUGCGACGGGCAGGGCAACCCCAUCCCACAGGAAUUCCUCUGGGAGAAGGAGGGCAGCGACGCGCCCCUGCAGCUCAGCUCCGACAGCGUCCUCAUCUUCCCCUUCCUCAACAAGAGUGACAGUGGCACCUACGUGUGCACGGCCACCAGCUCCAUGGGCAGCGUGGUGGCCAAGUACAACCUGGACGUCAGCGAUGUUCCCCAGCUCCCCACCCCACACGUUCACUCCACUCCAGCCCCUCCGCCGGGCCCUUCCCAGCCCAUCUCUCAUGCUUCCAUGGCCUCCGCUCCAUCCUUCACUCCAGCUCCCAUCCAAGACGCCAGCCCGGUGCCCUCGACCUCCAGCACGUACCACGCGAUGAUCGGCGGCGUGGUGGCUGUCAUCGUCUUCCUGCUGCUCAGCCUGCUCAUCGUGCUGGGACAUUACCUGAUCAGGCACAAAGGUUUGUGCCCAAGCCCUGGGGACACGGUGCCACCCCGCCAUCGGCCACCCCCUGAGGUGAUGUGCACGUACCUGACCCACGAGGCCAAGGGCUCGGAUGAUGCUCCGGACGCCGACACCGCCAUCAUCAACGCCGAGGGCGGCCAGGCCGGCGGCGACGACAAGAAGGAAUAUUUCAUCUAAAGGGGUCAGAAAGAGAGAGAGAGCGAGAGAGCGAAAAAUGGAGCCAAGAGAACCCCGAUGGCAACAGCAACCAGACCACAAACCCCACAAAACCCAACAGAUUUUCUCUGGCGCCCGGCACGGGCGGACGGACGGACAGAGGGAUGGCGGGACAGAGAGCAGGGAGAGCCACCGGCCACGAGGCGCUGCUGACGCCUCUUGAACUUGUACAAAUCGUUCACUCCGACAGCGAGAGCCCCGGCCCCGUUUGCUUGCUUGCACCUCCAUCCCCACGCCCCGAACCCACAGACCAACCCGUGAGUGAGCGACAUCUUCCUUCUUCCUUUGGACCUUUUCGCUUUGGUUUUGUGGCUGCUCUUUGCUUCGGGCCCUUGGUUGGGGUGUUGGGCUGGGGUCGAUGUAGCUCUUCCCUUUGUUUCUCUCCGUUUUGGUUUCUUUGACAUCCAAGGAUAAAAUCAGCUCCGGGCUCCCUGGGGCAAGCUUGGGACCCUGGGUGUCCCCGUUGUCCCCUCCCCAGCCCCGGGGGGGUGACUCCAGCUGGGAGCUGAGCGAGACCCUGCCCCGGUUUUAUCCUUGGUGGUUCUUGUGGAGCAGUGUCCAUGCGGGAGCAGAGCUGUCCUCGUGCAGUCAGUGUGUGAAAGGGGGUGACAGUCCAGGGUGGGACCCCCGGAGACACCGGGAGCCCCCACAGCUCCCCGGGCCCACCCCAGCGGGAGGGGGGGAGGGCUGAGGUUUAUUUUGGGGGGGGGUGGGGGCAAAUCCAGAGGAAAAGGCCCCGAAUUUUUUUUUCCCCUAAAUUCUCGGAUUGGAAAUGCCGAUUUGAACCAUCUAUUGAGAUGUUCAGUGCAGGGGUGUGACCCCUGGGGCUGGGGCUGCUUCCCUGGGACCCCCAGAGCAGGGCUGGGGCUCUGCCAGGGUCUCUCUGCCUCCCUUCCCUCCUUAGCCCCUUCCCAGGGCAGGGACGAGCUUGGAAAGGGCUGAUUUUCUUCUUGGCUCCGAGAGCCCAAACCAACAGCGGCCAAAACAACCGGAUUUGGGGUCUGGGGACUUCGGGGGUCCCCACAGAGGCUCGGGGGGGGGGGGGGGGGGGGGGGCUCAUCCUUCCUCCUUGCCCUUCCUCCUGCCUCUUUCACCAUCACUUCCAAGACAAAACCAAACACCUUUCCCAACCUCUCCAGCACAGCCCCAGCCCGGCCCCCCCAGUCAUGCACCCCCGGGAUGGGGCUGCUCCCCCCAGCAUCGUUGGGACACCCUGCACCCUUGGGAUGAGGUUUCCCAGGAUCCCACAUCCCGGUCUGGACACCGGGGGCUUGCAGGAGCCACCCUUGGGCUGGGCACCGCAUGGAUUUGGGGUUGUCUGGAGGAGGGGAGCCCUUUGGGAGGGGGUGAUCUCACCUGGGAGGUCACCCCAUGGAUUUGGGGGUGCUCUGGGGGACGAGGGGGCCCUUCAGGAAGGAGUGAAAGUCCUCGGGGCGGGAUGGGAAACCUCAGCUGGGAGGUUGAGGGAGAACGGGGCUGCAAAUGUCACCCCACCCAAACCCUGCCAGCACCGGGUCACCUGUGGGGGACUGAGUGGGGCUGGAGGGGGCUGAGGUGAGGCAGGGGAGGCCCAGCUCGGUGACAGGCACAGGUGGGAGUGAGGGCUGGGUGCGACACUGGGGACGCUGCGGAUGUGACCAGGCUCGGCCGCGCGUCAGGAGCGGCGGUGGCACUGGGAGGGAGCAGCACACGGAGCCUCUGAGGGUCCCUUUGCUGGGCACAACCAUUUUUGGGGUGUUUUUCCUCCCUUCCCACCUCUUGGAGUGGGGGACGUGGGCCUGGAGCCCCCAGGGCAGCUCCGAGCUGGGGUUGGGGGAUGAACCCUGGGGCUGCCGACGCCGUCACCGAGGUCCCCAUGACCGAGUCCUUCCUGCAGAUAAAAACACCCGGGCGUUGUUCUCAGUACAAUUCCAUCUCCUCGGGGGCCGCAGGGAUCCCAGGCAGAGCCCCAGCGCUGGGAACUGGGAGGGGAGAGGGGUAAGGGGUCCCUGGGGCAGGGAGGUGACAGGGACAGGGAGGGUUUUCCCUCUUGGAAUUCAGUUUCUCGUCGCUUCCACUGCUCCAGAGCUGCUCCAGGGGCCGGGGAGAACAGCCUGGAUUUGGUGGUUUUGAGGUGCCACAGUGUUUUUGGUGUUUUUGAGGUGUGGGGUGUGGCUGGGCAGCUCGGGGAGCAGCGGUCACGGGGAGCUGUGGCAGUGGAGGACAGGCCCGGUGUCACCUGGGGGGGCCUGGGGACCUGCAGAGGUGACAGAGAGAGGCCGAGCCACGGCCCUGGCUGUGACAGGGGGCUGAGAGGGAUCGGAGAAUCCACCUGAGGCCUCUUCUGCCAGCGAGAGCCAAAGGGUUUGGUGGAGGUGGGAGCAGUGGAGGGGGUUUGUGUCACACCUGGGGGUGACAGGAGCACCAGGUGCCACCAGUGUGAGCGGGGAGAGGCUGUGGGGUGAUGGGGACCCUCCCGACUUGGGAGGACUCCAGGUGGAAGCUGUGACUGGGACGCUCCACGUCAUGAUGGAGAAGCCACCUGGCGAGAGGCAGGGGUGGGGUGCGGUGGCAAAGACCCUUUUGGGGUCACCGUGUGGAGUCCUGCGGGUGACGGUCACCCCGUGUCACAGGUGGGCGGAGGAGCGGGUGCUGGGUGGCUUGGGGGCAUCCAGGUGAUGUGGAGGGUGACAGGGUGGGGUCUGGCCCCUGUCCUUGUCCCCUCGGGGGUUGGUGACACCGUGUUGUAGCUCCAGGAGGUGCCACGGGUGGUGUGACAGCGGAGCGGGGCCGGGGCGUGACACCGAGAGCGACACGGGGGGCGGGGGGAGGUGACAGCGGCGGUGUCACCGUGUCUGGGAGAGCCCGGGGCACCACCCCGUCCUGGGGGGGGUCCUCGGUGGUGGCCCCACGCCCACCCAGCACGGGGUUGGGCCGGGAGGAUCCCGGGAGGAUCCGGGACCCCCUGGGAGGCCGCGGCCGCUUCCCGGCCGGCACUGAACUCUCAAUAGACACGAAAGCCAUAUUUUGGGGAGCUCUGGAGAGGCCGGGGGGCAGAGGCUGGGCUGUGUUGUUGUGCUGUGUUUUUGUCUGUACAUAAAGGGAGCCAACGACCGUCGAUGUGACUUUAUAACCUUUCUAAUAUCCUGUGCUAAUCUCGGAAAAUAAUCCUAUAAAUAUAUCUGGAUUACACACGUUA